CCAGGCUCGAGCGAACAUGUAAGAUAAAAAAAAUGUCUACCGCGUUAAAAAAUUUUUAAUAUACGUAACAGAGACUUUUCUCUUUCUCCUUCUUCUCGUAUUCAUUCGUUAUCCCCACGUGAGCUCAUGAUCUCGUUAGUGUGUGGGUCGCCAAAAGCGUCGCAGUGAACAUGAGCGCAAACUCGGAGACCGAUGAUCAUCUCGACGAGAUCUACGACUGGAUCGAUCAAAUUAAGUUUUCCAGGCCCAAAAGAAACAUAGCGAGAGAUUUUUCCGAUGGAGUGUUGAUGGCGGAGCUGUUGAAACGCUAUUACCCUAAGUACGUGGACGUGCAUAAUUACGUCGCUGGCAACAGCAUUGCGAAGAAAACUGACAAUUGGAGCACGCUGAAUCGCAAGGUGCUGUCGAAGAUCGAUAUGAGGCUGGGGAAGGAUGCGAUUAAUCAGCUGGCGGGUUCUCAACCAGGCAUCAUCGAGAAAGUCCUCACCGAUCUGCGAGUCAAGAUCUUGAAGGAUUCAGAGAAAGACAGAGAGUUAUUAUACUUCGGCCACGAGGACAGUGAAGAUAAUACAGAGACAGUAAAGUCUGUGCUAAAUCCUGACGAGUUAGCAAACAAGACAGUCUCCCGGCGUAUUUUCACUCGCCUGAAGCAGGAGCUGCAGGAAAAAAACGACACUAUCUCUACAUUGCAGCAGAAGAUUUCACAUCUAGAAAGCAUAAUGAAGCUGAAGGAUCAACGAAUCGACGAUCUCACAUCACAGAUCACAAGGCUGCCCAUUGAGCGAAACGUUGCUACUCCUCGUUCUCACGUUAUAGGCAGUGGAAUCUCGAAACGUAUUUCUACCAAGCUGUCAUAAUAAAUCUAAUCGAUAAAAGUAUCAUGUGCUCUCUGAUGUGGCUUUUAUAUAACACAGCGUAGCUUGUUUUUUUUUUUACACAUGUAUUAUGUAUAAAAGAAUACACAUUUUAUUAUCAUCUAAUUGGGCCAUUCAUGUAAU